CUGGUCCUGAAACGUUCUCCUUCAACUCCUCAAAUCAACCCUUCAUCAUCCAACAACAGCUCCUCCACCAUCCUCAAUCAUGUGCUCAGCCCCACCCAAAGUCCUCCUCACAGGAACAACAGGCUACGUAGGCGGUACAGUCCUGGACACUUUGUACAAAACCCAUCCAGAAUACGCUUACACUGCCAUCCUGCGCAGUGCUCCACCUUCGGACUUCAAAUCGAGGUAUCCCAACGUCGAAGUUAUCAAAGGUUCCUACGAUGACACGGAGAUCCUGCGAGCCGCCGCAGAAGACGCCGACAUCGUUGUCCAUAGCGGAAGCAGCGAUCAUUUAGCAAGUCUUCAAGCCCUUGGCUCUGGCCUUCUCAAAGAUUCUCAGGUGCCAGAGAGGGAUCCCAAAUUCCUCAUCCAUCUCAGCGGAACGGGGAUAAUAGCCGACUGGCGCUCCCCAGACGGAAAGCCAGGAAGCUUGAAUCCUCAAGUAUGGUCUGACAUCUCCGACAUUGAUGGCAUUACCUCUCGUACUGAAGGAGAACUGCAUCAGCAUACGGACAAAUUCCUCCAAGAUACUGCCAGAGCGCACGGCGAGAAGCUGAAGAUUGCGAUUGUGUGUCCACCAGAUAUUUAUGGUAAAGGACACGGAACCGGAAGAAUAGAGAGUUAUCUUGUGCCGGCAUACUUGAAGGAGGCGAAGAAGAUUGGUGCGGCGUUCUAUGGCGGAGAGGGGCAGAACUCGAGGAGUUGGGUGCACAUUGAUGACUUGGCGAAGGUCUAUUUGAGGCUUGUCGAGGAGGCUGUCGCGGGCGGAGGACAGGCAGAUUGGGGCGUUGAGGUGAGCUUGCAGUGGUCCUCUCGUUAUUGGAUUGUGGCUUAUUUCAGUGUGAUUUUGCGUGUUGCGCUAGACUAGAGAAGGUCGCUCUGACUAACCUGUGCACUAGGGCUACUACUUUGCCGCUUCGCAGGAGCAUAACUCGCUCGAUUUUGCCAGAGAAGCUGGAAAGAUCUUGCACAGGCAUGGUGUCCUGGACACUCCUGAGCCGAAGCAAGUGCCGCUCGAACGAAUCGAUGGCAUGCUGAGUGAUUGGGGCCUUCCACAUCUCGGAACUUACAUGUUCGCUGCGAACUCGCGAUCGAAGGCGGAUCGCGCAGCGAAGAAGCUAGGCUACAACCCGACUGCUCCGGGCCUG